GACGUGCCUCCCGUCCAACCACAGUGAAGGAACGUUUGACACCUUCUCGCCGUACCUAUCUCGUGGCCGCUGCCGGUAAAGCUAAUCAUGUCUCCCAGGGACACGGCGGAACAGGGACGGGGAUCCGUGAGGGAGGGAAUCCGGGCUAUCCUGCUGGGCCCUCCCGGAGCCGGCAAGGGAACCCAGGCUCCAAAGUUGGCAGAAAAGUACUGCGUGUGCCACCUUGCCACCGGUGAUAUGCUGCGGGCCAUGGUGGCUUCUGGCUCAGAACUCGGUAAACGUCUUAAGGCCACCAUGGAUGCAGGGAAACUGGUCAGUGAUGAGAUGGUGGUGGAGUUAAUUGAGAAUAAUCUGGAUACUCCUCCAUGUAAAAAGGGUUUCCUUCUGGAUGGCUUUCCUCGCACUGUAAAGCAGGCAGAAAUGCUUGAUGAACUUCUGGACAAGCGUCAGGAAAAGCUAGAUUCGGUUAUUGAAUUCAGUGUGGAAGACUCUCUUCUUGUUCGCAGAAUUUGUGGGAGACUAAUACACCAAGCAAGUGGGCGCUCAUACCAUGAAGAAUUCAACCCACCCAAAGAGCCCAUGAAGGAUGAUGUAACUGGUGAACCUCUUAUACGACGAUCUGAUGAUAAUGAAGUUACACUGAAAUCUCGGCUGGAGGCCUACCACACAAUGACCUCUCCAUUGGUGUCAUAUUACCAACGCCAUGGGAUCCACACAGCAGUGGAUGCUGCUCAGUCCCCGGAUGUCGUGUUCGCUAGUAUCCUGGCAGCAUUCUCCAGAGCUCAGUGUAAAGAUAGUGUUAUUUUUAUAUGAAAUUUAAGUCCAUAAAGUGCAGAAGAUUAGAACUUUAGUCAGUUUGCUGAUGGGCGCCUACACAACACCACGUAUUGGUCUAGCAUCAGAGGACAUGUUAUGCCUAUAGAUGGAAAUUUGUAAGAAUUUAAAUUUUGAAACGAUUUGCGUACAAGAUUUAGGAAAUUUGGCGCAUCAUUGGGGAAAUAACUUGCCACGGUUCCCCUUAAGUAUAUACUUUGGAAAGAUUUGUUUUCAGCUGAUUAAGCUACCCUUUCCAAUGUUAUUCAAUCCAAGGAAACUUGCAAGUAACUUUGAACCAGAGAGACUUCCUUGAGCUGAGAUGCUCCUUUUAAUUGGGAAUUCAUUGAACACUGUGAGCUCCAACUUCACAUGAGUUUCCCUGUAAGCUGAUGCAUAGAGAACAGCAGGGGCUCUCUGUCCUACCUACUAUCUAAGAGUCUCUUGUCUAAUUCUGAUUCUUUAACACAGACACUACGUAGUAGCAAAUUACUGGAAUCUUGCUGUAUUGCAAUCUGUAUUUCCUAUGGAAGCAACCACUGUCCUGACUUAAUAAAAACAAUGGCAACCACAAA